GAAGAGGACAUAGGAAAAGAUCUGAGGAGUAGCGAGUGAAGAGGAUAUAGGAAAAGAUCUGAGGUGUAUCUAGUGAAGAGGAUAUAGGAAAAGAUCUGAGGUGUAUCUAGUGAAAAGGAUAUAGGAAAAGAUCUGAGGUGUAUCGAGUGAAGAGGAUAUAGGAAAAGAUCUGAGGUGUAUCUAGUGAAGGGGAUAUAGGAAAAGAUCUGAGGUGUAUCUAGUGAAGAGGAUAUAGGAAAAGAUCUGAGGUGUAUCUAGUGAAGAGGACAGGAAAAGAUCUGAGGUGUAUCUAGUGAAGAGGAUAUAGGAAAAGAUCUGAGGUGUAUCUAGUGAAGAGGAUAGUUAAAGAUAGUAAAGAGGAUGUAUAAGAAAAGAUUUCAGGAGUACUUUAGCUAGUGAACAGGCCAUUUUUCCAAACAAUAGAAAUAUAUGCUACUAAUGUGAUCAUGAGAACAAGAAAAUCAUCAGCCAUUUCUGGUACUACUAGACCAAUAAAAAGACAGCAAUGGAAUUCUUACGAGAUCACACAUUUGCGUCGAGCUGUCACUUUCAUACCCGAGGACCACCCAGAAUUCUGGGAGUUGGUACAGCAGAUGGUAAGGACCAAAACCAAGGAGGAAUGUUGGAAGCAGAACCAGGCAGACCUGGCAUCAGGGGAAAGCACUUACCAUAGGGAGGCAUUCAUAGAAGGUAAUGACCAAAGGGAGGCAAGCAUAGAAGUUACUGACUCCAGGGAGGCAAGCAUAAAAGUUACUGACCCAAGGGAGGCAAGCAUAGAAGUUACUGACUCAAGGAAGACAAGAAUAGAAGUUACUGACCCAAGGGAAGCAAGCAUCGGAGAAGUUACUGACCCAAGGGAGACAAACAAAGAAGUGACUGACCAAAGGGAGACAAACAAAGAAGUGACUGACCCAAGGGAGACAAACAAAGAAGUGACUUGCCCAAGGGAGGCAAGCGUAGAAGUUACUGAUCCAAGGGAGGCAAGCAUAGAAGUUACUGACCCAAGGGAGGCAAGCAUAGAAGUUACUGACCCAAGGAAGACAAGCAUAGGAGUUUCUGACCAAAGGGAGGCAAGCAUAGACGUUACUGACCCAAGGAAGACAAGCAUCGGAGUUUCUGACCAAAGGGAGGCAAGCAUAGACGUUACUGACCCAAGGGAGGCAAGCAUUGAAGUUAUUGACCCAAGGGAGGCAAGCAUUGAAGUUACUGACCCAAGGGAGGCAAGCAUAGACGUUACUGACCCAAGGAAGACAAGCAUGGGAGUUUCUGACCAAAAGGAGGCAAGCAUAGGAGAAGUUACUGACCCAAUUGAGAUAAAGAUAGAAGUUACUGACCCAAGGGAGGCAAACAUAGAAGUUACUGACCUAAUGGAUGCAAGCAUAGGAGAAGGUACUGGUGCAACAGAGUCAAACAUAGGAGAAUGCUCUGAAAAUCAAGAUGCCUUACAUUUGGCUACAGUGGAUACCACAUUUAAAUCAUCUGUCAAAAUAUCAUACGAGCAAUUAGGAGAAAAGAGUAUCUUUGAGGACAAAACAUCAAAAUGUGAUGUUGGCGAAAAAGAAAAGUACAAUGCAGAAAAGCAGAAACGUAGUUGCCGCAAUAAAAGAGAUGGAGACAAAUAUUACCAGUGUGAUGUUUGUGGUAAAGGUUUCAACAUUAAGUCAUUGUUCUUGAGGCAUUCCCUGCUGCAUAAAAAAGCAAAACCAUACAAAUGUGAUGUUUGUGGUAAAGGGUUCUGUGAUAUGUCAUCUGUGAAGGGACACCUUCUUGACCAUAAAGGAGAAAGACUGUACAAAUGCGAUGUUUGUGGUAAGGGGUUCAACGACCAACAUAGUUUGAAGAUACACGUUCGUAUUCAUACAGGAGAAAGACCAAACAAAUGUGACGUUUGUGGUAAGAGGUUCAAUGACAAGUCUUAUGUGAGGAGACACGUUUGUGUCUGUACAGGAGAAGAACCGUACAAAUGUGAUGUUUGUGAUGAGAGGUUCAGUUUCAAAUCUCAUGUAAGGCGACACCUUCUUGGCCAUAAAGAAAAAAAAUCGUACAAAUGUGAUGUCUGUUACAAGAGGUUCAGUAAGCAGUCUGUUUUUAAGGCACACAUUCGUGUUCAUACCGGAGAAAGACCAUACAAAUGUGAUGUUUGUUACAAGGAGUUCAGUAAGCAGUCUCUUUUAAAGCGACACAUUCGUGUUCAUACCGGAGAAAGACCGUACAAAUGUGAUGUUUGUGGUAAGGGGUUCAGUGUAAAGUCUUCAGUAAAGAGACACCUUUCUGUUCAUACCGGAGAAAGACCGUACAAAUGUGAUGUUUGUGGUAAGAGAUUCAGUGACAAGUCUAAUAUGAGAAGACACAUUCCUGUCCAUAAAGGAGAAAAAGCGUACAAAUGUGAUUUUUGUGGAAAGUUGUUCCGUGGAAAGUCUAAUUUGAGGACACACCACUAUCGUGUCCAUACAGAAGAAAAACCGUACAAAUGUGAUGUUUGUCAUAAGAGGUUCAGUAAGCAGACUUAUUUGAACGCACAUAUUCGUGUUCAUACAGAAGAAAAACCGUACAAAUGUGAUGUUUGUCAUAAGAGGUUCAGUAAGCAGACUUAUUUGAACGUACAUAUUCGUGUUCAUACAGAAGAAAAACCGUACAAAUGUGAUGUUUGUGGUAAGGGGUUCAUUGAGAAGUCUCUAGCAAAGAGACACGUUCUCGACCAUACAAGAGAAAAGCCGUACAAAUGUGAUGUUUGUGGUAAGGGGUUCAGUUACAUGUGUCAUAUGAAGAGACACACUCGGGUCCAUACAGGAGAAAAACCGUACAAAUGUGAUGUUUGUGGUAAGGGGUUCAUUACAAAGUCUGAUGCAAAGAGACACUUUCGUGUCCAUACAGGAGAAAAGCCGUACAAAUGUGAUGUUUGUGGUAAGGGGUUUAUUACAAAGUCUGACGCAAAGAGACACUUUCAUGUCCAUACAGGAGAAAAGCCGUACAAAUGUGAUGUUUGUGGUAAGGGUUUCAUUAGGAAGUAUAAUGUGCGGAUUCACCUUCGUGUCCAUACAGGAGAAAGACCGUACAAAUGUGAUGUUUGUGGUAAAGGGUUCAACGACCGGUAUAAUUUGGAGACACACAUUCGUAUUCAUACAGGAGAAAGACCAUACAGAUGUGAUGUUUGUGGAAAGGAGUUCAUUGAAAAGUGUGACGCAAAGAUACACCUUCGUGUCCAUACAGGAGAAAAACCGUACAAAUGUGAUGUUUGUGGUAAGGGGUUCUGUACCAUGUCUAAUAUGAGGAGACACCUUCGUGUCCAUACAGGAGAAAAGCCGUACAAAUGUGAUGUUUGUGGUAAGGGGUACAGUGCAAAGUAUGACGCGAAGAAACACCUUCGUGUCCAUACAGGAGAAAAACCGUACAAAUGUGAUGUUUGUGGUAAGGGGUUCAUUGAAAAGUCUGAAGCAAAGAGGCACCUUCAUGUCCAUACAGGAGAAAAGCCGUACACAUGUGAUGUUUGUUGUAAGGGGUUCAGUAGCAUGUCUUAUAUGAGUAGACACCUUCGUGUCCAUACAGGAGAAAAGCCGUACAAAUGUGAUGUUUGUGGUAAGGGGUUCAGUGCAAAGUCUGACGCGAAAAGACACCUUCGUGUCCAUACAGCAGAAAAACCGUACAAAUGUGAUGUUUGUGGUAAGGGGUUCAGUACCAUGUCUUAUAUGAAUAUACACCUUCGUGCCCAUACAGGAGAAAAGCCGCACAAAUGUGAUGUUUGUGGUAAGGGGUUCAGUGUAAAGUUUGACGUAAAGAGACACCUUCUUGUUCAUACAGGAGAAAAACCGUACAAAUGCGAUGUUUGUGGUAAGGCGUUCAGGGUCAAAUCUCAUCUGAGGAGACACGUUCGUGUCCAUAAAGAAGAAAAAACGUAAAAAUGUGAUGUUUGUGGUAAGGGGUUCAUUGAGAAAUCUCCAGCAAAGAGAGACAUUCGUGUCCAUACAGGAGACAACAGUACAAAUGUGAUGUUUGUGGUAAAGAUUUCCGUGAAAUGUCAUCUUUGAAGAGACACCUUUGUGUCCAUUCAGGAGAAAACACAUACAAACGUAAUAUUUCUGUUAAGAGGUUCAGUGACAAGUCUUAAUGUGAGGAGACAGCACCUUCGUCUUCAUACAGAUGAUAAAACGUACAAAUGUGAUGUUUGUUAUGAGUGGCUCAGUGACAUGUCUUUUGCGAAGAAACAUAGUAGAAGAAUCCUUACAAAUGUAAUUAUUGUGAUGAGGUGUUCAGAAAGUAGUCCAGCACUACUAUAUACUUAUAAGGCGCACUUUCGUGUGAAGGCAAACACAUGGAUGACUCCCUACCCUAGAUAUAUAUUGUCCCUAUUACAUAGAUCGAUUAUGAACUAUUGUUUCCCCUUAUCGAGAUCCAACAUGUAUGAUGUUCUUGCUACCCUAGAUGUCAUCCCCUUAUAGUGUUCUACAAUACAUGAUUGGUUCGCUACCCUAGAUGUCUUCCCCUUAUAGAUGUUCACAAUACAUGAUUGGUUCGCUACCCUAGAUGUCAUCCCCUUAUAGAUCCACAUUACAUGAUUGGCUCGCUACCCUAGAUGCCAUCCCCUUAUGGAUGUCCACAUUACAUGUUUGGCUCGCUACUCUAGAUGUCAUCCCCCUUAUAGAUGUCCACAAUACAUGAUUGGCUCGCUACCCUAGAUGUCAUCCCCCUUAUAGAUGUCCACAAUACAGGAUUGGCUCGCUACCCUAGAUGUCAUCCCCAUUAUAGAUAUCCACUACACAUGAUUGGCUCGCUACCCUAGAUGUCAUCCCCCUUAUAGAUGUCCACAAUACAUGAUUGGUUCGCUACCCUAGAUGUCAUCCCCUUGUAGAUAUCCACUACACAUGAUUGGCUCGCUACCCUAGAUGUCAUCCCCAUUAUAGAUAUCCACUACACAUGAUUGGCUCGCUACCCUAGAUUUCAUCCCCUUAUAGAUGUCCACAAUACAUGAACGGCUCGCUACCCUAGAUGUCAUCCCCUUAUAGAUGUCCACAAUACAUGAUUGGCUAGCUACCCUAGAUGUCAUCCCCUUGUAGAUGUCCACAAUACAUGAUGGCCCGCUACCCUAGAUGUCAUCCCCUUAUAGAUGUCCACAAUACAUGAUUGGCUAGCUACCCUAGAUGUCAUCCCCUUGUAGAUGUCCACAAUACAUGAUUGGCUCGCUACCCUAGAUGUCAUCCCCAUUAUAGUGUUCUACAUUACAUGAUUGGCUCGCUACUCUAGAUGUCAUCCCCCUUAUAGAUGUCCACAAUACAUGAUUGGCUAGCUACCCUAGAUGUCAUCCCCCUUAUAGAUGUCCACAAUACAUGAUUGGCUCGCUACCCUAGAUGUCAUCCCCAUUAUAGAUAUCCACUACACAUGAUUGGCUCGCUACCCUAGAUGUCAUCCCCCUUAUAGAUGUCCACAAUACAUGAUUGGUUCGCUACCCUAGAUGUCAUCCCCUUGUAGAUAUCCACUACACAUGAUUGGCUCGCUACCCUAGAUGUCAUCCCCCUUAUAAAGUCCACAAUACAUGAUUGGCUCGCUACCCUAGAUGUCAUCCCCAUUAUAGAUAUCCACAUUACAUGAUUGGCUCGCUACCCUAGAUGUCAUCCCCUUAUAGAUGUCCACAAUACAUGAUUGGCUCGCUACCCUAGAUGUCAUCCCCCUUAUAAAGUCCACAAUACAUGAUUGGCUCGCUACCCUAGAUGUCAUCCCCUUAUAGAUAUCCACAUUACAUGAUUGGCUCGCUACCCUAGAUGUCAUUCCCCUUAUAGAUGUCCACAAUACAUGAUUAGCUCGCUACCCUAGAUGUCAUCCCCAUUAUAGAUGUCCACAACACAUGAUUGGCUCGCUACCCUAGAUGUCAUCCCCUUAUAGAUGUCCACAAUACAUGAACGGCUCGCUACCCUAGAUGUCAUCCCCUUAUAGAUGUCCACAAUACAUGAUUGGCUCGCUACCCUAGAUGUCAUCCCCUUAUAGAUGUCCACAAUACAUGAUUGGCUCGCUACCCUAGAUGUCAUCCCCAUUAUAGAUGUCCACAAUACAUGAUUGGCUCGCUACCCUAGAUGUCAUCCCCAUUAUAAAUGUCCACAAUACAUGAUUGGCUCGCUACCGUAGAUGUCAUCCCCCUUAUAGAUGUCCACAAUACAUGAUUGGCUCGCUACCCUAGAUGUCAUCCCCUUAUAGAUGUCCACAAUACAUGAUUGGUUCGCUACCCUAAAUGUCAUCCCCUUAUAGAUGUCCACAAUACAUGAUUGGCUCGCUACCCUAGAUGUCAUCCCCUUGUAGAUGUCCACAAUACAUGAUUGGCUCGCUACCCUAGAUGUCAUCCCCCUUAUAGAUGUCCACAAUACAUGAUUGGCUCGCUACCCUAGGCCUAGAUGUCAUCCCCCUCCCCUUAUGGAGAAAAAAUUACCUACAAAAAAUUAUGUCAGGAAAGCGAGGAGUAUUAGUUCCAAUAAUUUGCUUGUUGUAAUUCCUAUGUUAAUAGAAUAAUAAAGGACAUCAUUAAUUGUAAUUACUGGUUUCAAUGGCAUUAUUUGAAUAUUGGGCAUCAAUGCCUCUAGCUGAUUUUUAACUCAAUAAAAAAGAUAAUGGCCAGUAAUAAUCUGGCCUGAUCACUUCCAUGGUCAUUGUUUCAUCUAUUUGAAUAUAAAUUACACAAUGAGUAAUCGUUGUAUGGGUAUUUGUUGUUUCACUCGAGUUAGUAAUUUUCAAAAAAGAUAAAUAAAAAGCACGAGCUUCAGCUUGUGGGAUUUGUAAGUUUGGAAACGUGUCGACGUGUUUUCUUUUUACAAUAUCAUUUGGAUGUAAUGAUAUGACCUAAAGUGAACUACCGCUAAUUGCUAUGCAGAACUGACAUAUUUCGUAAUUUCCUUGACAUUGUGAAGCAGCCUACAACCAUUAAUCUUCGUGAUUUAAGUUAAGAAAAUAGUCCCGGUCAAAGGCCCCCGUGUCUACCAAUGAAAUGCAUUUAAAGUUUGUUCCUCGUGUGGUAUUAACUGAAUGUUAUUUAACAGUUGUAUUAUUUCUUGCCUUUGGAGUUGAAUAACACCCACGUCUGUUGUGUUCAAAUGAUGAAUCAUAGCAUUAAACUGGUGCCUUCGUUCGGACAUCAGAAAUAUGCACAAAUUCUAUUUGAUGAAAUUUAUAUCCGAACGAUGAGUGUUUGUGUCUACAUGUAAUAGAAGUCCCUACUCGGCCUGAACAACUGAAUGUAUUUUGAAGUAAUUUGAUAUGGGGCAUCAUUGGAAAAAAAUGACCCAAUGUUGUAUAAAAGGAGGACCUCUUUGGGCUCAGGGGCCGCGGUGGCCGAGUGGUUAAUGUGUACCUACACUUUAACACUAGCCCUCCACCACUGGGUUGCGAGUUCGAAGCCUACGUGGGGCAGUUGUCAGGUACUGACCGUAAGCUGGUGUUUUUUUCUCCGGGUACUCCGGCUUUCCUUCACCUCCAAACCUGGCACGUCCUUACCAAACCAAACUUUGGGCUCAAGGGACGGGGCCCAGAAGGGGAAAUAUAGAGGUAAAUUCUUAAAAUCCAGAACUCGUUCUGAACUCGUGUAUAGAUUUUAAUGAAAAUUGGUCUGGGCCCUUACACGUAGCGUUAAUAUUUAAAUCUCUUCAUGUCCUGAUAUCUGAAUGGAUUCUGAUGAAAUUUGGGCUGAAGCUUUAUUGAGUAAAUGUAAUAUCAAUGUUGUUAAAAUGCAGAAUAUCAUUUUUUGGGGGGGCAAGAGAAUUAACGCCGGAAUGUACAGGGAAUGUGUAUCCUAUACAAAUGCCUAUGUCUUUGCCGUAGUUAGAGAUACUUCUGGCCGAAUUAAGAAUUCUCAGGACUUAAUAUUCGAAGAAUUUUGGUCUAUCUUGAGAGUAAAACUGUUGUAUUAGUGUAAAGAUUGUAACUUUUUCUACUUAGGAAAAAUACACAUUUAACAUGAAUUUCAAUGAUGACGGCCUAAACUUUAUUCAAACGAAGGAAUGCCCCUUAAAUGACCAGUACUGUUUGGACCUAAUCAUUAUGUUGUGUCUAUUUAAUUCGCAUUACAGAAUCAGAUUGAUAUUUUAUGAAAUAGAAGUAGAAAUUGCCAUUAAUUAUUGGGCCAGAUUAUUGCCAUAGUCAUUAUUGGUUUAGUUUAGUAAUUAUACAAUAUGUGACUUCAAAGGAAUUACAUCAAAUUGAGAUAUGUAGAUCCCAUUAAAAUCAUUGUCAUGCCCAUUAAUAUUAAAUCUAUUGUUCAUAAAAGUAAGGCUAUUUUUGCUAAAAUUGUAUUGCAAUAUAUUGCGAUAGUUUACAAAAUAUACAUAGUGAAAUAUAUUUUAGGAACUAUAAGCAAAAGAACAAUGAUAUCUGACUUUGACAGUUGAUUUGUUUAUCAUUUUAAUUGUUCUUCUAAAUAAAGUUGGAGUAGACAUGAA